GCGCCGCGUCCCAUUCAUCACGGUCACGAAGUUACGAGGCUUGGGUCAGCCGCCCCGUGAGCUCGUAGUAAUUGUACGUCGAGGCAAAACUCCUGCAACAUUUCGUGAGAGUCGGAUGGUGUUAUUUUACUAAGUAUCCAAGGAAAUGUCACGAUGAGAGUUCUCAAGUGUGUUUUAAUACUGUUGACGGCUUCGGUCGUUCCUUCAACUGAAGCUUAUGACUAUGAAUGCAAUACACCAUUGAUGGAUAAAGCUGUGCUCAGCGCAACUUCAUCAGCAUCCGACAGAGGCCCCAGUCAAGCGAGACUCAAUGGGAAUAGCGCGUGGUCACCCGAAGAUAAUACUUACAAUCAACUACUCACUAUGGACUUGGGAAACAGAUGUGAAAUACGGAGUAUCGCAACCCGGGGUCGUCGCAACACUAAAGAAUUCGUGACAGAAUAUAUCAUUCAAUAUUCGGAUGAUGGCCAGGCCUGGACUAGUUAUGAAAGCCAGGAUGGCGUCGAAGAGAUGUUCAAAGGAAACACCAACGCAGAAUCUAUAAAACUCAACAAAUUCGAAGUACCAAUCAUCGCUCAAUGGAUCAGGAUAAAUCCAACGAGAUGGCAAGAUCGAAUAUCCCUCAGGCUCGAACUUUAUGGAUGCGAUUACGUUUCCGAUGUGUUGUCGUUCAACGGUUCGGCGCUCGUGCGAAUGAAUUUAAUGAGAGAUCCGAUCGAGACCGAUCGCCACUCUCUUCGUUUUCGGUUCAAAACGAACACGGCGGACGGUGUACUCCUAUAUUCCCGAGGUACCCAAGGUGAUUUCAUAGCUAUUCAGUUGCGGGACAAUCGCAUGUUACUGAAUAUUGAUCUCGGAUCGGGAACCCCGACGAGCCUCUCGGUGGGAAGUCUUUUGGACGAUAAUAUGUGGCACGACGUGCUGAUAUCUCGAAACGGUACAGACAUUGAGUUUUCGGUCGACAGAGUUUUGGUGCAAGGUCGAAUCAAAGGAGAUUACCACAGACUCGAUUUAAACAGAAACUUGUACAUUGGCGGCGUCCCAAAUAAACAAGAAGGCUUGGUCGUUAACCAAAAUUUUACUGGUUGCAUAGGAAACUUUUAUCUGAAUAAAACGAGUGUAAUAAGGGAUUUAUACGAUGCGGAUUAUACCGGAGAAUAUCUGCAUUACCACCGAGUGAAUACGAUGAGAAAUUGUCCGGAGCCUCCCUUAGUACCUGUCACAUUUUUGACGCCUCGGACAUACGCACGUAUCGAGGGAUACGACGGUGUGACUUCGAUGAACAUUUCUCUCGCGUUCCGGAGCUACGAAGAGCGAGGGUUGAUCGUAUUUCACGAGUUUACUUCUCGAGGAUAUGUCAAGUUGUUCCUGGAGGACGGAAAACUCAAAGUAGAGAUCGAAACGAAGGAUAAUCCUCGCACGGUAUUAGACUAUUUUAACGAGAGAUUUAACGAAGGAAAGUGGCAUCAGGUUAUAUUAUCGAUAUCGAAAAAUCGUUUGAUUCUCAACGUCGACGGCCGUCCGAUGGUAACCAAGCGUCUUUUGGAUAUUUUGACCGGACCGAUCUACCUCAUCGGUGGUGGAAUUACAGGAAUGGGCACGAAUCGGGGCUUCGUUGGUUGCAUGAGAAUGAUUAGCGUCGAUGGUAAUUACAAAUUACCAACUGAUUGGAAAAAGGACGAGUACUGUUGCGACAAUGAAAUUGUUUUCGGUGCCUGUCAAAUGUUGGAUCGUUGCAAUCCAAAUCCUUGUAAACACUCCGGAAUUUGUAAACAAAAUUCUCAUCAAUUUACAUGUAACUGUACUGGGACUGGAUAUUCUGGAGCUGUUUGUCAUACCUCCUUGAAUCCCCUUUCGUGCGAGGCGUACAAACACACAAACGCGGUGAGUCAAAGAGCGGACGUAACGAUCGACGUUGAUGGCAGUGGCCCGCUAGAUCCAUUCCCAGUCACUUGUGAAUUUUACUCGGACAAUCGUGUUAUGACAGUUGUCAGACACAGCAAUGAGAUUUCUACGCCUGUCGAUGGAUUUGAGGAACCAGGAAGUUUUGUUCAGGUCAUCAAAUACGACGCUGACUUCGAUCAGAUUGAAGCCUUGCUCAACCGAUCCUCCAAUUGCUGGCAGCGAAUUAAUUACGCUUGUAAAAAUUCCCGUCUUUUCAAUACUCCAGUCGACCAGAAUGCUGAAUUCCGGCCAAAUUCUUGGUGGGUCAGCCGACAUAAUCAACGUAUGGAUUAUUGGGGUGGUGCAUUGCCCGGAUCACGUAAAUGCGAAUGCGGGGUACUCGGAAGUUGCGUUGAUCCAACAAAAUGGUGCAACUGUGACAGCGGAUUAGAAAGUUGGCUCGAAGAUGGCGGAGAUAUCACGGAAAAGGAACAUCUUCCGGUUAAACAAUUACAUUUUGGUGAUACUGGCACCCCGCUCGACGAAAAAGAAGGCCGAUACACUUUGGGACCUCUCAUCUGCGAGGGUGAUGAUUUGUUCAAUAAUGAAGUAACUUUCCGUGUGGCUGACGCAACGAUAAAUUUACCCACUUUCGACAUGGGUCACAGCGGUGAUAUUUAUUUCGAAUUCAAAACAACCCGUCGAGACGCCACUAUCAUACAUAGUACAGGCUCAACAGAUGAGAUCAAGGUGUCGAUAGUCACAGGCGAUAAAAUCCAAUUUAAAUAUCAAGCUGGUGAUGGCUCGAACACAGUGAGUGUUCAAACGUCUUAUCCUUUGGACGACGACCGGUGGCACACUGUCUCGGUCGAGAGGAAUCGAAAAGAAGCCCGAAUCGUAAUCGAUGGCGCUCUCAAAAAUCAAAUAUUAGAACCUCCCGGACCAGUUCGAGCUCUGCAUUUAACUUCCGACUUUGUUGUUGGCGGUACGACCCAUUAUCGUGAUGGUUUCGUCGGUUGCAUACGCGGAUUGUUACUCAAUGGGCAACUCCAAGAUUUGAGGCAAUAUGCGAGACGUGGGCUCUACGGUGUAAGCGAAGGAUGCUCCGGGCGCUGCGAAAGUAAUCCUUGUCUGAACAAUGGUACUUGUACCGAAGGGUACGAUUCUUACACCUGCGACUGUCGUUGGACCGCUUUCAAAGGACCGAUUUGCGCCGAUGAAAUCGGAGUAAACAUGCAGCAAAGUUCGAUGAUAAAGUACGACUUCGUGGGAAGUUGGCGUUCGACAAUAGCGGAGAAGAUACGCGUUGGAUUUACAACGACGAGUCCUCGAGGAUUUUUGUUGGGUCUGUUCUCAAAUAUAUCCGGAGAGUACAUGACGAUAAUGGUGUCGAACAGUGGCCACUUGAGAGUAGUUUUUGAUUUCGGAUUUGAGAGGCAAGAAGUGAUAUUCCCAUCAAAGUUUUUCAAUCUUGGCCAAUAUCACGACCUUCGGAUCAGUCGUAAAAAUUCCGGAGCAACGCUUGUCAUACAAGUUGAUAAUUACGAAGAAAAAGAAUUCAACUUCAACAUCAAAGAAUCGGCGGAUGCCCAAUUUAAUAAUAUUCAAUACAUGUAUAUUGGAAGAAACGAAUCGAUGUCCGAAGGUUUUAUCGGAUGUAUUUCAAGGGUUGAAUUCGACGAUAUUUAUCCGUUGAAAUUACUGUUCCAAGAAAAUGGACCCUCGAAUGUAAAAUCAAUCGGUACACCGGUAUUCGAAGAUUUUUGCGGUGUCGAACCCGUCACUCAUCCGCCAAAUAUCGUCGAAACUCGUCCACCUCCACGCGUCGACGAAGAUAUCCUGAAAUCUGCUUACAACGAAACCGACACCGCGGUUCUUGGCAGCGUUCUUGCAGUUAUUCUUAUUGCCCUCAUUAUCAUGGCCAUCCUUAUUGGACGAUACAUGUCCAGACACAAAGGCGAAUAUCUGACUCAAGAGGACAAAGGAGCCGAAGUCGCUCUCGAUCCUGAUUCCGCUGUUGUUCAUUCUACGACCGGACAUCAAGUUCAAAAACGAAAAGAGUGGUUCAUCUGAUUACCAAAAACCAAAAAACUGAUAAAAAGACGAAAGAUGAAGACUCUGUUUUAUUUACUUUCACCAUCUUUACUCUUACGGAAAAAUAUUAUUCAAUCUUUAUUUUUUGACGGAUUUUUUCAAAAAUACUAUGAAUAUAUGAAUUCAUAUAUUCCGGUUUGGACGAUCUUUUCAAUUGUUCGAUAAACACUUCCAAAGUGCUCUCAAGAUCAUGGUCCAUUGUGCCUUUGAGUGCCAGAAGAAUAACUGCUUUUUUACCGUUUACAUGAAUAAUAUUUAAGGUUCAAUCAUUUUUUCCGUGAGGAAAAAUUAAAAAAUUUUCAUCUCCACUCAUUUUUUAUUUCGAUUUGAACGAAUAAUGCAUUUAAGUCAUUAUAAAAAAAAUCUUAUCUUCUUCCGUUUGUAUUUCGUAAGACGUAAAAAUUUGUUUUAUGCGAAGAAAAAAAAUCAAACGUUCAACGUAUAGUUUUUCUUAUGAUUUGAAAUUUUACGAAAUUUGUUUCAAUUUUAUCUUUUUUAUUCGUGUUUUAUAAUCGAAAAACGAAACGUUUUUCUCACCAAAGUCCACAAACCGGAGAGCUUGUAACGAUCGAAUCUCAUCGUUAUUCCUCAUCCACGGAAGCAAUUUUAAUGAAAAAAGUAUUGUUUUUUUUUUUUUACUUUUUUCUAAAAAGAAUUUUUUUUAAUAUUGUCACGAAACAAAUUACAUAGAUACCACAACUAACACUCGGAAGGUUCGGUCAAAUACUCGAAAUUAAUUCACUACUAAUGAAGUUUCAAGUUGAAAAUUUAAAGUCAUACAGACUUCGUGAUAUGAAUAUUGAUCGUAUGUAAAUACAGUUUGGAAGAAAUAUCUCAUAAAGAGAAUCAAAGAAAACGAACACUUUAGUAUAAUCAAAUUCUUGACCGAACCUUCAUCGAAUAAUAGAGCUUUCUCGACCCACAAACAAUGAAUUUUUUUUUAAGAAUUAGAAUUUAGUGCCAAUCAACAAGGGUAGCAUGUACCUUUAUUAUCAUUUGCUCGAUAACAUUUGAGAACGAUUGAAAGCGUUACUCAAUGAAAAAACAAAUUGUCACGAGUAUAAUAAUACCAUUUUUAUUCGAGGAUGAAAUUAUAAUUUAUAAUUUCAUCCAGUUCGCAAACAGACUCUUAGAGGAGAAGUAGAUAAAAAAAAAACUAAAUAAAAAAAAAAGAAAAACAGAAAAUAGUCAGUCGAAGGUUGAUGAGUGUGUUCAUAUUAACCUGUACAAAAGAACCUUCUUGGCACAUGUGCGAGUGUGUAUUUUUGUUUCUCGUCCAAUAUCUUAUCUACUUACACAGUAUUAGUCGUAACUUUUACCGUCCAAACUGCAUUUUGCGAAAUAUUUUUUAUUUUUAUUUUUUAUUUUCGUUUGCAAUUGUGUUAUUUUUAAUUUAUAAUGAUUUAGUUUUAAUUUGCGAUGUUUAUUCUUAGUUUAAACCCUGCCAAUACAAAAAAUUUCAAUCUUCAGGAGAGCUUGACACUUGCGAGAAAAAAAUAUUUUUUACAGAAUAAAAAAAUCGCGGUGGAACGUCCAGUCACGAUUGUAAAACGGUUUUGCAAUUGAUGAAAAAAUGUCUUACGACCGAUUUUCCCAAACGUGAAUAUGAAUUUGAGAAAUUCAUAUCGCCUGCGUAAUUGAAUAAUCAAAUCAAAGUGACACCAUUUUAUACACGAUGAAUCGUUAGAGAUUGUGGAGCUCUCCAAAAAUUUACAGUGUGGACAACAUUAAAAGGAAAAAUCCACAGCUAAUUAUAGUUUGAAAAUGAAAACACUUGUAAUACUGAGAAUGUAUAUAUAAUAUAUACGUGACUUUUGUACAAUGAACGGAAAAGCAGACAUGAUUAUUUUGUACCCGGAGAAAAGAAGAGAUAAGGGAGCAAAUAUACGUGUACAGAAUUCUCAUACAUUCUAAA